CUGAUACCUUGUCUGUUACAGGGAUCUAGAGGAGGCUCUAGAGAUGGGAGUGGACUGGUCCCUGAGAGAAGGCUAUGCCUGGGCAGAGGAUAAGGAGCACUGUGAGGAGUAUGGCAGGAUGCUGCAGGCCGACCCCAACAAGGUCUCCUCCAAGGCCAAGAAGAGAGGCCUUCCUCAGCUGGGUACUCUGGGGGCAGGGAACCACUACGCUGAGAUCCAGGUGGUGGAUGAGAUCUAUAAUGACUAUGCUGCUAAGAAGAUGGGCAUCGACCACAAGGGCCAGGUGUGUGUGAUGAUCCACAGUGGCAGCAGGGGGCUGGGCCACCAGGUGGCGACAGAUGCCCUGGUUGCCAUGGAGAAGGCGAUGAAGCGAGACAAGAUCCAGGUGAACGAUCGUCAGCUGGCGUGCGCCCGUAUCUUUUCAGAGGAGGGACAAGACUACCUGAAAGGAAUGGCCGCUGCCGGCAACUAUGCCUGGGUCAACCGUUCCUCUAUGACCUUCCUCACACGACAGGUAACUGACCCUAACGGACCGCACCUGAGACAGGUAACUGACCCUAACGGACCGCACCUGAGACGGGUAACUGACCGCACCUGAGACGGGUAACUGACC